AUGGAGCUUAUCAUCACGCCCACGCAAGCACUUGUGCCUUUGUCAGUUCUGUUCCUGGUGUACCACGCAAUUCGAGCAUUAUUCUUUGGAAAAGCAGAAUCAAAGCAUUGGGAAGAACUACCGGUCGUGGGCCUUCAGAAAGGAUGGUUCGAAUGGGUGUGGGCAACGUUGAAGUCCAUCCGAAAGACACAGGACUGGGCAUUCGAAGGUUACCGCAAGUUUGCUGCCGUGAACAGCCCUUUUAUUCUGCCUAGCAUUGACAGAGGAGCGAUGAUCAUCCUACCUCCACGUUUGAUCAAGAAGGUUUACUCGCUCCCAGAAAGCACGCUCGACAUCCAUGCGACGCAAAGUGAGACCAUUCAAACAAAAUGGACAGUCUGGGACAAAGAGGUAGCCGACAAUGACUUCCAGAUCAACGUUGUGCGUCAUCAGAUUACACGGAAUCUCGAGCACCUGACGCCGCUGAUGGCCGAUGAACUUGACAGAGGCUUCGAGCGGUGGUGGGGAGGUAAAGACGACACCGAGUGGAAGGAGGUCGCAGUCUGGGACGCGUGCUUGAAGUUGAUUGCUGGUGCGAGUAAUGGCGCCUUCUGCGGCGCACCGCUGUGUCGAGACGAGCAGUUUUUGAACGACCUUAGAGAUCAUGCGAUGAGCAUCUUCGCUGGCGCUAUGCUUAUCAACGCGACGCCCAAACCGCUCAAACCUGUCACUGGUGCUCUCGUAGGAUCCACCUGCUGGUAUUUGCGACGAAAAGCAAUGAAGGGUUGUUUGCCUUUUGUAACAGAAAGAUUAAAUGCUACUGCCCAGUUCAAGGCUGAUGCGAAAUGUGGAUGGACCCCACCAAAAGACGGUCUCCAAUGGUUGAUUGACGAGUGCUACGCCGCAGCCGCGAAAGGAGACGUGGGGCAACUGGACCCCAAGCGAGUGGCACAUCGUCUUUUGUUGGUUAACGACAUUUCUCUGCAUUCGACCAGCUUUACUGUACAGAAUGUGAUCCUGGAUCUCUUCAGCUCGGAUCCAGCAAUGGGCUAUGUUAAUGCACUACGCGAAGAAGCUGCAUCGGUGCUUGCCAAGGCAGGUGGUGUAUGGACACGCGAUGCAGUGCGAGAUCUGAAGCUCAUUGACUCGAUGAUCCGUGAGUCAAUGAGACUCAAUCCGUUUGCGAUUGUUGGACUUCCGCGAACAGUCGUGCAUCCCGAAGGUAUCCGACUUCCGGUGUCCAACGUUCAUGUACCACAAGGAACCAUGAUUGCAGUUCCCAUGGAGCCAAUUCAUUAUGACGAAAGCAUUUAUCCUCAAGCACGCAGCUUCAACGCGUUUCGUUUUGCGGAUCCGAACAACGUUACUAGUAUUGUCGACAAUUUCGCAACCAAGGACGAUCUCGAAGCCACCAAAGCCGACGCAAGCGACCGUAAAGGCAAGUCCACUGCUACUCUUGAUGACGCUUUUCUUGGUUUUGGGUUUGGACGGCAUGCGUGUCCUGGACGAUUCUUCGCUUUGAAUGAGAUGAAGGUCUUCAUAGCACACAUGCUGCUAAACUAUGACGUUGAGCACAUGGCAGUCAGACCAAAACCUCUGGAUACUGUAUGGCUGAAGCUUCCGUUACAUGGUGGAAAGAUCCGAGAGAUAUAUGUGAUCAGCAACAGAGACGUCGACUCGAUGCAAGUACUGGAUGAGUGGCUAAACUUCGUCGAUACUGACGAAAUUCUACCAUUAUUCGGAAAACUAUCCAUGGACUACGAAAUUUCUAAUCUACACUAUACAAAUUGGGACAACUCCUCAGAGAAAGUGGUAGCCGUGGUUCGCGACCAAAAUUUUGCUCAUCUUCAACAACUGGAGUCGUUGGCAGAGCUGCGGACUGUCCUUGAUUUGCUCAAUGACCAUGGUGAAAAGAAGAUGCUGUUCGACACAUUUUCUCAUCUUCUUACAUUGGAGGCAAGCUCGUCACUUUCGUUAUAUCACACUCAAGUAGCAUUAAACCUGCUCGACUUCCUGCUUGACGCGGCAUACCUCAUCCCCGCAUUUUCCCGAUCCCAAACCUGGCGGGCUCAUAAAUCAGUAUUGGAGGACAACCUCGUCCACUUGGCUUUUACUUUACUGAGACAGCUGGUUCUUCUGUCGCAAAAUAUGGGCAGCUUCAUUCGGCGUCCGAUUCAAAUGCUGUUACAAGAAUUAAGAUGCAUCUCGCUGCAUGAAUUUGCCGAGUUUGUGAAGCUCAUUUCUCUCACUGUUCGCUCUUCCGAAACUACUUUGGAUCUUCUCCUCGAGGUUCUAGAGCCGAAAAGCUCACGGCUGCUAGUUCAACGACCAACUGCCAUUCGACAAUUCACGUCGUCUUUAUCUGGCAUCGCGCUUGAUCGUAUAAAAGAAGCGUCUUGGGGUGAUAACCUGCAUUCACAGGAAAAUCUCAAGCUCAGCAUUGAUAGUUACAGUGACGCCUACCACGUUCAGCUCCGCGCCAUGGUCCAGCAGAAUGCUGUCUUGACAGGUUACGACAUCUCACUUUUCGAACGCCAUUACAAAUUACCACCAAGAGAGGACGUUGCCAAAGUCAUGCUUAAUAUGCGGUAUCACAUGCAUCGCUCCAUUUGUGACUUCAGUUCUUCCGAAUUCUACGAUGGGAAACUUCACACUGCUGUGGCCGAAGACGCGCGUCCUCUGAGUUGUUCGCCUUUUCCCUGGCCCAGGAAGAACCGCAUGGUCUGGGUUGAGUGUCCGGAAUCUGAAGAACUGUACUGCCAAUCGAAAUGGAACGUUGGCCAAGGCGUAACCUGCAAAAGUAUCAUCGAACUUCUCAAGACACCACCACCGUCUCCAAAAUUACCUGAGGCUGCGACAGUUUCUGGUGAAUCUCCAUCUAUCGUCAUACUGAUAUCCUACAAUCACCAGAAGGAUUUGCUUACGUCCGACAUCCCCAACGUCGAAGUCUGCUCUAUCGACAGUUUUCAGGGUCGUGAGGCAGAUGUAGUUGUGUUUGUCACUGUUCGGUGCAAUACUUAUUACGAAUCAGGCUUCCUGGCUGACAUGCGACGAUUGAACGUAGUCAUGACAAGGGCGAAAGCUGGGAUUGUGUUGAUUGGGCACCAGAAUACACUGGCUGGUGUGGAAGCUGAAAUGGUUGAGCAUGAGAGUAAGCUGGUUUGGAGGAGACUACUAGGACAGCGCGAGGUUGUUUCCUUGGCAGCUCGAGCCGAGAGUGGUCGUUCCAAACGUUGA